AUGGUCGCAUCAGAGAAAGUCCAGUCUGCUCAGACGGUCAUCUACCGCCCGAACGAGCACGCGGACGAGUAUAUCGUCUUCAUUGAUGACGAGGCAGAGUACAACGCCUGGAAGGAGGACAAGUCGAUUGCGCUCGCGAGGUUUGUGGGGCAGUUCUCGAUUUUCAAAUCCUCCACCUCGGGCCACACCGGGACCCUCGGCGAGGUGUCCAAGCAGGAGAUCGAGAAUGUCUUCUUUGGCGACGAGAAGAAUGUCAAGGAUAAGUCUGUCGAAGCCGCCAUCCUCAUCAUUCUCAAAUCCGGUACCGUCCACAAGGGCAACAUGGAGCACUCGGGCAAAAUGUCCAAGAAUGACGCAAGGGGCGGAGCCAACCACGGUACCGGCGCGUUCAUGGGCCGUUAA